AUGGCCGGAAAUGGUGCGCCAGCCAGCGCGCCUUCAAGAUUGCUAUCCGCAGCUCCAACGGUGAAACACGGGAUCAAUAUCAAGUACCCGGUCGCCAUGCAGGCAUACGACCCCCAGGACAUGUUCUUUGCGAAAUCUUCCAUCAAGUCCUGGACAAAAGAAGAGUCGGCGAAAGAAUAUGACAGGCUGGCAGGAGCGUAUAUGGCUUUGAGUCAUGAACACAUCUCCAUCCUUGUCGAUCAAGACAGCAAGGAGAAGAAUGCACGCCGCCAAGUAGUCGACUCGCGCCGAUCCCUCGCAAACGGAGCGCAGAUGUUGCUUUGGAACUCCGAAGCAGCGUUCCAAGCAUCGAAGGCGAUUGCCGGAAGGAUAUGUCAACCAUCCACUUGGACUGACCCGCAAACACAGACUCAGUACACCGGGAAAGCACCAGGAUCAUUCACCCCACAAGAAGCACAGCAUAUCCUCAAUCAGUACAAGAACGACUGUAUCAACGACUUGAAAGGCGCCACACUGGCGGCUACCGGCGCGAACCUCGAAGAAUUCUGCAUCGACGAAACCGUCGUUACGCAGGCGUACGAUCUACCUGGCGAUAGAUCGUGGUUUGAGAAGAUCAGUGACAACUGGAAGGACGCUGCCAGAGAUGUACUGGUGGACAGCAGCAUGACUCUCGGCAUCAUCGAGGAAGCCCCACCCCGGCGCCAAAAUGUUAUGUUCGACCCACUGAUGGCGCGCGACAACCUUUUCGAUGCGGCGCAAUCCGACUUCCCUUUGACCGAUCCGAUGAGCGAGUCCUUGACCGAACCGGCGCGCGAUCAGGUCAUUCCAGCGCCUAAAGAUGAGAAGAAGAAGAGGAAAUUGGGUCCCGAAGUUGCCGAAACAGAGCUGAAGAGAAGGAUUGAAAGGGCCGACACGUAUUGGGUGUUGGACGUUACAACUGAGGAUAUACAACGCACACUAAGCUUCGCCACCGGCCGCUCCCAUUUCACACAAUACAACAUCAUCUAUCCGCCGGAUGCGAAACCACUCGAUGAUGAUCCCUCCGUCGCCGCCUGGACAAAAAAGCUGGCCACGGAUUGCUUUAUCCCAAGAUCGAGCGUCGUCAUGAACAUGGCUAUGAACAGUAUGAUCAAAGAGGAGGGCGAUGUCUACAAGCAGGACAAGAACAAAGAGGGUGAGUGGACGGAUGGCGCCAAAGUUGGAUUGAAUGUCGCCAAAUAUACCGAGGACUUUAUGGGCUUGACCUCAGCAUAG